CCGAUACCAAAGAGUUCUUCGUCUCACAUAUUGUUCUUUAAGCACAUUCUUUUUUAUGUUUUAUAGAAAAAUAUAUGUUUUACAGAAAAAUAUUGAAGGAAAAUUUGUCAUGGUCAUGUCGAUUUGACCUAAUUGAUUGGUUACACAUUUGGAAAUUUCUUGGCUAAAAAUAUUUGGCAAUGCUUUAUGCUGUGGCCUUGAGACUUGAAUGAAUCAUAGAAAUUUAGUUCUUCAUUUCUUUAUCAGUCAGUGACCUUUGAAAAAUUGCUUCUAAUUAACAAAAAACUUAAGUUUGUUUUGACUUGCUCGCCAAAUUAUAUAUUGAGUGUUCUGUAGGCAAGAAAUGAUCAGCUUCCGGCAAUCAUUCUAAUAAAGAUAUUAAAAUAUAAUGGCGAUGUUUGAGCAGAUAAUGCUAAUUUGAAGAUCUUACCUAACGAAGCAGUUUAAAAACGUUUCCAUAACUUUUUACCACAUCAAACUUUCUUUUCAAUAUGAAAACUUGCUAAUUAAUUAAUCAUAACUAAAUGCUAAAGUACUUACUUUUCAUGAUAAAUGUUUUUAUAAAAGUCUGGUUGCAUCACAAAAUUGAUAAUUCUGUUUGAUGGUGGGGGAAGGUAGGAAAGCUUCAAUUUGUACCAUUGGUCAGAAAAAAAGUGCCAUCGAUCCAGUAAUUUACUCUUAGGUCAUUGUUAAACAUAUUCAAGCUACUUCCUUGAAACUAAAAUAAUUCCGUCAUUGUUUUGCUAAAAUUCAAUCAAUAUAUUUGAUUAUCUUCUUACGAUUCUCGUUUUCUGUUAUUACUCCUGAUUUAUUGAUAAGAGAAGUUCUCCCGUUCUAAAACACAAUCAAACUUGAAAACACCUGGCGCAUCUGAAAUCUGCGAUCAUUUUGUUUAAAUUUAUGAGUACGUUUUCUGUCAAAUUCAAUUGGAGAAAACCAAAAUUUCAGGACAGAUACUUUGCUUAGAAUGAUGUUUAUUUUAGAGUCGAUGAACGCACUUAAAAACUUAUGAUCUUGAAUAAAAGCUUGAUAAAAUGUCUAAUGUAUACACCUAAAAGGGCAAAUCCAUUAUUUCAAGGAGCAUGAACUAUCAAUUGGCUGUCUCCUACCAUGUUAUUAAAAUUCUGCAUUUGACAUAAAAUUCAAUUUCUUUUUCAUUGGUAACUGAUUGCGCUUGCUUACUUUUUGUUACCUUUUGUUUGGACCCAAUAUAUGUAUCAUAGUUUCUCAUGGCUAACUUGGGCAGUAGUUCAACCGGAUUGAUGAACCAAGUCUCUGCCAAAUUAGGUUCCGGUCUUGGGUUGUUAGCAAUGUUUCUCUUCAUUUAUCUCAUCUAUUCGUUCACACUUCACUCCUCUGUUACAAUUGAACAGGCCGCUCGUAUCACACCAAGGGUCAGUGGCUUAGACUUAUCAAGCGAUAGCAUGUCUACAGCAGCCAAACUCGAACAGAAAAGCACUGACAAAAGUUACAUGCCGAAAGUCCAUAUCAAACAAAAUUUUUCCCAAUUGCCAAGUCACCUUGAUCAUAUCAAAAACAUGUCGACAUCUGACCUUGCCAAAAUGGUUCUCUCUAACUGCAGAUUGACCCAAAAUUUCGAAGGGGAGUUCAAACGACCGAACGGUGAAUUGGACGAACCGAAGUUGAUGAAGGAGACGGAGAAGAUAGUUGCUAAAGUUAGGAUAGAUAAACGAUACAGGUGGCCACCUGCUUAUGAUUCGAGGGACAAAAAAUCAUACGCCUACUGUUUGAACACGAAAUCUGGCAGUACUUUCUUGCAAAACUAUAUCCUCAGGAAAGGAAGGAGGGGGGCCACGAAAGUAGAACGAGUCAAUGCAUUCAUGGUCAUAAGGGAACCCAUGCACAGGAUGCUAUCAGCCUACCUGAACAAACUAAAGGAAUGCAAAAAUCACAAAAAUACUUGCGCACCAUGGACCAGUUUUGCCAAAAACAUAGCCAUUUAUGUGCAGAACAUUCACAAAACGAAGUCCAACUUGUAUAACAAGGCAUUGACCACAUUAAGGUCUUGGGACGUGGAAUUUGAUGACUUCGUGGAUUACAUCAUACAUAUGUACCUAAGGAAUGAUGGUAAAAUCAAUAACCCCGAGCCAGACAUUAGCACACCGUCUUGGACGUGGUGGCAUUGGCAGUCAGUUGUGUCUGAAAGAUGCUACCCUUGUUCUGCCAUCUGGAGAGAUGUGGUCCUGUUUGAGAACCUCGAGGGCCACUUGAAACAGGUGCUCCCAAAGUAUCCAAUCUUAUUCAUUAACGAACACGCGCUUCCAGAGAUUAAAUCCAGCGAUACUACUGCAAAAUUGAAACUUUAUUUCGAUAUGUUGGAUGACUCCCAAUUGUGGUUUCUGGGAUGUGUUAUGUACAAAUUGGAUUAUGCUAUUUUGCCUUACAAUUUCAACGCUUUCUUAGUAUCAAUUGGAAGAGAGCAUGUUUCUCAAAUGGAUAAGGAGUCAAACUUCUGAUUUCACAAUUGAAGCGCUGUAUAUUAUAAUGAAAUAUUAUUUUUUGUUUGCCUUCAGUUUAACUCAAUUGUGGAUCCAGAAACUCUACUGGAAGUGCCGAAAACUUUCAAUUGUAAUCAGCUAAGCUAGCACUCUUCUUCAGGGCGGUUCAGUCUUCUGAACACUUUAAAAAUAAGUCUUCUGAAAUAAGAAGCAUUCGAAUUCAGGCACCUGUUGAA